AUGGGACGUGAUGGACGUGACGAGCUUGGGCUGGCUUCGGAGCCGGUGUUGAAGGAAGGCCGCCUACCUCGCGCCGUUCGCGAAGUGGGUCCCAAGCAGGCUUUGUCACCCUCGCUUCACUUGGAUCGGGUGCAGGUGUUCCAGCAGUUGGGCUCCUUGCACGAGGCCCUUGCCGAGCACAGGCCAGGUUGCAACGAGGAUUCCUUGUGGCGUGAAAAUCGCCGCCUCCGCGGAGAGGUGCAGGCCUGGAAAGAUGAAGCAGCAGCUCGGCAUCGAGAGACAGCGGAGCUCCGGCUGGAGGUAGCACAACUCCAUGCCGAGUUGCAGGCUGAGCACUCAAGGUCCCAGGAGCUGUUCACCCAACUGGAGGUUCUUAGUGGUCGGCGAGACCGAGACCUAGCCGUCGAGGGCUGUCCUGGGUCAUCUUCGAGCUGCUUUCGAGCUGAAGGUCUCAUAGAUGGGCUACGUCCCAAGCACCUCUCCGGCGCUGCACGAGAGACGACGAAGUUGGAUUGUGCCGAAGCAAGAGCCGCCGAUGCUGCGCACGGUGUCUCGAUCGGUCUGGCAGCCAUGUCCACGCGGCAUGCCUCUGAAGUCGCCGAGAUUCAGUUGCAGCACGCGUCUGCCCUCCAGGCGCUUCAAGGUAAAGCAGAUGUUGCACUUGGACGUGCGCGCCUGGCAGAGGUCCAAUGCACGAGCUUGGAAGCCAAGAAGGCACGAUGUUUGGCAAUGCUGGCUCGUCAAACGGAGGCUCACGUUUGUUGUGAGUGUCUGCGUUUCUGGAGGAGAGUAUGCCAGUCGGCCAGAGAGCUUCGCCGAACGAAGCUGUCAACAGUGUCCGUCUUUUUGCGUGCCUUUGAGGAGAGCAAGUCGUUGCCUGGCAUGGUCUUUCACGGCUGGAGGGCUGUCUGUCUCGCCGAGCGGGCGCAGCGGAGGCGGAACGAGCUGGAGGCACAGCUUUCGAGCCGUGUGUCAGUGCACCGAGCACGGCUGUCUUGGCUAAUGUCUUACCAAACAUCGUCCAAGUUGCAGGCUGAUGCCAAAGAGCUCUUCUUGUCUUGGAGAUGCUGGGCUUUGUCCGCUGGUUCCAGCGGUUUGCAUGCGCGACUGCGCCUUGAAGAGGCUCGUCGAAAUUCUGCGCAACGAUAUCUGUUGCAGCAAAGGGAGCGACAUGGCUCCAAAUUCACUCUGCAAGAUGUCCUGGGCGCUUGGUCUCAGGAGGUGUUGGUCAGACGCCAUCGCGAGGUCCUGGAGCAAUCCGAACUGGCUCGGGUGCGACACAUGCAAGCGUCCACCUCUCUCUCCUUGAAGUGGCUUGCUCUGCUUCAAGGCUCAAAGGAGGAAGUCCUGCUUUCUCGUGCGUUCUCGGCUCUUCGGCUUGAGGUCCAGGAGAGGGUGCAGGAGGCUCGCUCAAGGGCGCUAAGUGCACAGCAGGCCUCCGAGUUGAUUUCCUGCGCAAACGGGCGAGCCGUCCAGGCUGUACUACUCGCCAUGGACAGAAGUGGACACUCGCUUCAACGAUGUGCCUUUGCAGAGUGGCGUGCUGCGGUUCAUGCUGGCAAGACACUGCGCAGUUUGGAGGACCACGAGCGGACGGUCUCAGCACUGCGCCGCCACUUCGACUGCAUAGCCACUGGAUUCUCGAGGCGCUCCCUGGUUCUGAGAACGCAGGGUCAAGUCCUAAUGGCUUGGGCCCGUGCCUGUCGGCAGCGUGCCUUGGAGCACUUGCGACUACAAGAUCGGGCACGGUCCCUUGAUUGGCGGCGGAAGUUCGUCGAAACGAUAUGCUGGCACGGAAAGGAUUGCGACGACCACCUCGCCUUCCACAUCUGGCAGGCCUGGAUCCGGUUUUGCCAACUUGCAGCCAGGGACCGUGCAUCUGAGCAUUUUUUGGGUCAGUUGCAGCAGCUUCAAGUGAGCUGGUCGAAGACACAGAUCCUCAUGGUCGGGGCGUCCCUGCAGGUGCAGUUGCUCUUUCUGAAGAGAGCUUGCUUUGCAGCCUGGCGACGCGCACGAAGUUUGGCGCAAGCUUCGUGCCAUCAGCAGGAGCGCCAGCGACUUCAUCUUCGCUCUGCACAGUUGCAGUAUUCCCGAGAUUCGGUGCUGCAAGGUCUUGCCAAAAAGAUGGAGGAGGACGCCGUAGGCUUCUGGUUUCGAUUGGCCUGGGCUCUCUGGCGACGGCUGCGACUGGAAAGAAUGAUGGCUGAGGAGUGCGACAUCGUUGGCGCAAUUCUGGUGGAGUUGCAGGAACGCUGGGCCCAGCACGAAAGGCUCCGAGAGGCGCAGGAGCGAGCCGAUCAAGAGGCAUGCGCUCGUCUGGAGCAGCUGGGCCAAGAGGGAAUCCGACAAGUUCUCGUUCGGUGCUAA